AUGGCGAUGCUGAGGAGAACUUUUGUGUGGUGGAACAUCGACAGCUGUCCGAUUCCAGCUGGUUUCGAUCCUUGUCUGGUCGGUCGGAGAAUAGAAUCGGCGUUGAAGAAAUCAGGCUACUCUGAUCCUGUCACCAUCACUGCCGUCGGCGACCUAAGAGAGGGAAAGGGCCCUGGUGAAGACGUCCUGCGCAAGCUUUCUUCCAGUGGAAUCGCUCUUAACCAUGACAAAGUACCUACAUCGAUGUUGCAACUGAGCUGGAAGGGUCCAUCUCCGCGUACUCUAAUGCUCAUAUUUGGUGGUCCUGAGGAACUGGAAUAUUUAUGUCCUUCACUUUUGUAUAAAGUAGAUGACUACGGAUACAAUAUUCUUCUGGCAUAUCUUCAACGAGAUCCAGCCUGGCACUCGGAAAGCGUUCUAAAUAAUGUUCGUAAAGAGUGGCUCUGGAAAAGCUUACUUUCAGAUGAUGAUAUGGAUUCAGGGUCUGCGGACAAUGAAGACAAUACAACAAGGAUUGUUCUUCAGGACAAGUACACUGAAACUGGUGGAUCUCCCUGGUAUUGCGACGUAUGCUCGUUGGCUUGCAAAAGCUUUGAAGAUUUUACCACGCAUCUCAAGAGUGGAACACAUGGAUAUCAUGAGUGGGACCUGUGGGCAAGUAAAAACCUUGUGGAUCGUCGUUUCCCUUCUAACUUUGAAUGGGGUCGAUCAAAGGAGUGGGACCGGCUCAAUUGUCUAGACCUGAUGGAUUGUGUUAGACAUAUUCCGUAUGAACCUCUAGAUUAUCCCGAGGUGGAGAUUCCAGCAAAGAUAGCUUUACUGACUUUGGAUUUACUGACUUUGGUUGAUGCUCUAAAAACAUUCAAGGAUCUGUGCAAAUGUGCAACACUCAAGGAGUGGGACGGGAUUUGUCUAGAGACCUUCGAGGUGGAGAGUCCAUCAAAGGAGUGGGACUUAUGGGCUAAUAAAAAUAAUGUGGAUCGUUGUAACCCUGCUAACUUUGAAUGGGGUCGAUCAAAGGAGUGGGACUGGCUCAAUUGUCAAGACCUGUUGGAACGUAUUCGUCUUCGGUAUUACCCUCUAGAUACUACCGAGGUGGAUAGUCCAUCAAAGGAAGAAGAGUGCAACAGUAAGACUAAAGAAGAAGCUGAAGUAGAGGACCCGAAUUGCUCAUCUAGAGGAGGCCUGUGA